UUAUUUCAUAAAUCGGAAAAAUUGCUAACUGUAUUAAGUACACAAAAUAGAUGUGAUAUAAGAGCAUUGUAAGAAAUCAACCAAUAAACAUACAGCUUUGGAAUUAAAAAAGAAAGCCAAGGGUUAAAAAACAAAGCUAUACAAAAGAGUUGGGAGUUGUCGAAGUAUUUUGUCGAAGGAGGACAGUGUUCGGAAAAAACAAGCCAAGAUACCACCGUUUAUAUGUAAAUUGAAACCAACGUGUUCAUCGCUGUUUGACCAGGAACUAACGAAGUAUAUUGACCAAGGACGGCUGUUAGAGAGGUCUUCCCGUCGUGUCGUGAUGCCGUCGUUCCAGCAGUUGGACGAGGACUGCACCAGUGUCGAGAUGGAGGCAAGGUCAAGAACAAACGAUCAUCCGGACAAGGACGAGCCGGAUACUAGCUUUAAGGACAUCUCGGACCACCCGAACAUGUACGUGGGCAAGCGGAACUUCAUUCACCAGCUGAUGGACGUGGCGCUGGUGAUGGCGAACGUGUCCCAACUCAAGUCCCUCCUGUCCAUUAACGACAAGGACAAGUACUUCUACGCGCUUCUUGUGUUCAUACUUCUCUCCAUUACUCUUCAGGUGAUAUUUACAGUCUGCAUGCUGAUCAUCUGGUCCAUCGAGAAGAAGCUGGACGAGCACGCGCAGGACACCUCGCCGGCCGCCCACGUGAACGACCGCCGGAAUCGUAUCAUCUCCGAGCGUCUGGACAAGAUCGGCAACAUCCUCGUGCUGCUCGUGAUCGUGUCAAACGUCUUUGUCACGGGCUUCGGUGUGGAGCCGCAUCUCAAGGACGGCGAGGACAACUUUGGCCUCGAGACCGUCACACCGACGCCGCCACCUGGCGAGCGGUAAACUACGUGUAGAGCGGACAGCGUGCAACUGUUUUGUCGUAUUUGUUUUUGUCUUAGUACUAAUCGUGUUCGUUAUAUGGUGCUUAGACAAAACUGAUGAUAUACUUAUGUAUCGUGUGUUUGUUGUUUGUCGACAUACAUCAAACAUUAUACGUUCCUCAUAUUCCGA